AUGGCUUCUGUUCUCGCUAUCGGAACUGGCGCUGCUGUCGCGGCCUUCCUGGGCCGAGCUGGACUUGUCGCAUGGCGCCGAUCUCGCGGCGGCGUGGGCGCGAUGGGCAAGGCUUUCUACAAGGGCGGAUUCGAGCCCAAGAUGAACAAGCGCGAGGCCUGCCUUGUCCUCUCUCUGUCGGAGUCCGGCGUCACCCGCGACAAGAUCCGCAAGCAGCACCGCACCCUGAUGCUGCUCAACCACCCCGACCGUGGCGGAAGCCCGUACCUUGCGACCAAGGUGAACGAGGCGAAGGAGUUGCUUGAGAAGACAACGUCUUGA